AAGUCAGCCAAAUCAUGUGCAAAAGUCCGGAGCCACGCACGACUCUUUAGCUUUCUUUCCCCCCACCGUUUUUCGUAUUUUUUGGUGCUCUUUUCGCACCCCCGCUGAAGUCGCUCCGUUCCCGGCCGAGCAGGGACCGUCGUGCCCCGGGUAGGGGAAGCUGUGCUGACCGCCUUCGGAGCGCCCUUCCCGGGCGUUUUACUUGUUUGACUGGAGCACUGACUUCCUGUGAGCGGGCCUCUCCAAGAGGGUAAAGACGGAAAAAAAGAGAGUUUUGCGUCCACUUCCAAAUAUUGUCCGUAUAUUGGAGGCCGCCAACUCGGAACAAUGGCCAGGAGAUGCGCCCUCGCCUUGUUGCUUCUUGCAGCGUGCGGCCUGGCAUCUGCAGGCCCGUUGUUUCGCAGCCCGUGCGAGUUGUUGCCGGUGGGCGCGGGCCACCCCGUGCAGGCCAUGAGCAAGAGCUUCACGGCCCUGUCGGGCUGCGCCAGCCGGGGCACGAGCGCCCUCCCCCAGGAAGUCCACGUGAUCAACCUGCGAGGCGCCGCGCCCGCCACGAGGCCCGGCAACGCCCCCGCAGAGGUGGAGCUGCACGUGAAACCCAUCCAGUCUCUGCUGCGCCACCAGAAGCCUCUGGUCCUCGUCCUCAACUCCCCAGAGGCGCUCGUGUGGAAGGUGAAGACGGAGAGCCUCGCCCCGGGCGUCGGGCGCACCGUUCACGUACCGGAAGGGUCGGAGGUUCGCUUCCAGCCGGGAAACUUCUCGCUCUCCUGCCGGGUCCAAAAGGAGCUCCUGCUUCCCCACGGCAACGAGCACCUCCUCAGCUGGGCCCAGAAGAUGUACGGGGCCGUCACCUCCUUCUCCGAGCUCAGGAUGACUCAAGAUAUCUACAUCAAAGUCGGAGAAGAUCCUCUCUUCUCUGACACGUGCAAGAUCGACAACAGGUUCCUGUCGCUCAACUACCUCGGCGGCUACGUGGAGCGGCAGGCGUCCGCGGGCUGCGUGCUCUCCGCCGGCCACCACGAGCGGGAGGUGCACGUGGUGGAGCUGCAGGCGCCCAACUCCAGCAGUGCGUUCCAGGUGGAGGUGAUCGUGGAACUGCGACCGCUGGAGGACGACGGCCCACUCCACCGUGACGUGGUCCUGCUGCUCAAAUGUGUCAAGUCGGUCAACUGGGUCAUCAAGGCCCACAAUGUGGUGGGCAAGCUCACUGUUGUGGCUUCCGACAGCGUUAGCGUAAGUUCGGGUACGGAGAGGCUGAUGCAAGUGUCCAAAUCCCCCAAGCGGCGCUUACCGUCCGGGCCGCAGGCGCUGAUCCAGUGGGCCGAGGAGCACCGCUACGGCCCGGUCACCACCUACACCAACACGCCCGUCGCCAACCACUUCAACGUCUGGCUCAAACAACGAGACAUAGUGGACCUCGCGGAGAGCAUGCUGCCCCCGGAGCUGACCAUCCUGCGCGACCCCGGGCCGCCCCCCGGCGGACGGGGCUGGGGCUCCCCGCGCCGCUCGGGCCUGCCCUUCCCGUUCCCUCCGCCCGUGUCGCAGGGCCUGCCCUACCUGCCGCUGCCCUCCCUGCUGGACGAGCGUCCCUGGGAGAAGGCGGAGCCCGAGGAGCACCGGGCCGUCCUCAGCGUGGGGUUCGCCGUUCAGUGCCAGGACGCCAGGAUGGUGGUCAGCGUCAGCAAGGAGAGCCUCCAAGCCAAGGGCUUUGCGCACGCCAACCUGACGCUUCAAGACCCACAAUGCAAAGCGGCGGUCAACGCCACUCACUACACGCUGGAGACGCCCCUCACCGGGUGCCAAACCACCGUUUACCCCCUGCAGGGAACCUCCAACGCCCUCCACAUCAACACCGUUCUGAUACGUCACGGCGAGUCCAAGGACGGGAGCGGCGGCCCCCUGGAGUACGAGGACCAGGAAUCUGGGGAGGUCCUCUUCCCCAGAGAGACUGUAAACCUCGAAAGGAUGCCACCCAGAGAUCAGAUGUCAAUCAUUAGAUUCAACUGCACGUACCGUCAGGAAAGCAGGAACAGCCCGGGCGCACCGCCGCCAGAGAAGGUCCCGGGCAGCGGUGCGGCUCGGCAUGUGGACAUGACGUUCAGCGUGGACCUGUACGACGCGGCGCCCUCCGACCGGCCGUCCCGCCAGGCCUUCAACACCGUCUCGCAGAACCAGCCGGUUUUCGUGGAGAUCACGUCGACGUCAGCCGACGAGGAUGCGGGCUUCAACAUCCUGUCGUGUUUCAUUUCGCCCGACGCCAACCCCAACGUGGAAUCGUCCUACUCGCUCAUCGAGACGGUUUGCCCCACCGACAGCUCGCUGCGCUUCCGUCACGACGCGCAGACAGACAAGAAGAGCUUCGGCUUCACCUUCAACUCCCACUAUAACACGUCGCGGCUCUUCCUGCACUGCAAGAUGGCGCCGUGCGCCUACACCGAGCCUGGCCUUGCACCGUGCGUGGACGCCAGCUCGGCGUGCGACUCUCUGCAGAUCGACGACAUCGUGAGCAUGAUGAUGAACGCCGGGACCGGCAGCAGAGCUCUGAUCGUGCUGGACGGAGACACGGCAGAUACGUCGUCACAAGCGGGCUCGGACGACCCCACCAAUAAUAACUCGGCGGCGCAGCUGCUGGACACGCCGACCGUGGUGGGAAUCGCCUUCGCCGCCUUCGCCAUCGGCGCUCUGCUGACAGGAGCGCUUUGGUUCAUCUACUCGCACACAGGAGGGACCGCUGCAGUGGCGGUGGCGGCGGCGGCGGCGGGCGGGAUAACAAAAGAGGUCAACAAGUGUCCGCCUGCCUCGGAAAACAGCAGCCCCGGCCACAGCAUCGGCAGCACGCAGAGCACGCCCUGCUCCAGUAGCAGCACGGCGUAGCGGAGGGAACCAACCCGGGCAGGAUAACCCCCCACCCAACCCCCCGCCGCCCCGCCUGGGUCCGAAAGACUAAAAGAACUCGGGGUGCUCUGACACCCGGGUAAGCGGGAGCACGUCCUGAACGUGCAAGUGCUUCUGGUUUUCUCCACGUUCACGCUACAUGUGCAAAAGGAUUUUAAAAAAACAAACAAGAAGACUAGGAAUAAUUUGCCACCGACACCACGAAAUUCAGCCAACAGAAAGUCGGACAUGUUGCCAUGAAGUCGGACAUUUCAGGGCGCAUUCUAGGACUCGGACUUUGACCAUCUCCCACUCGCUAUUUCACUCAAAUAAAUCCCUGUCGGAACACGGUAUCUUCGAAAGAUUGGUGACGCUAAUUUGCGAUAUUGCCGUGUAAAAAAGCGGCCGCGAGGGCUCGCUUUAAAAAAAAUUGCUCCCGACACCAGCUCGGACCCGAAAUUACCAUGACAGGACGCCCAAAAAAAGUCUCAAACACCCAUGCCCAAAAUUGAACAGGAAGUCAACCAUUUUGGUUUGACUGCAAAUUUCAGAGUCUCUUAGACAAUGUGGGUGUAGCAUGGCACCGAAUUUGAUGACCAUUUCAUGUAUUCGCCAUGAUAAAUGACGUUCUCGUAACAAAUGUGUACUUUAAUAAUCUCUCACCAGAGAAUUGAUCCAAAUGAGCCCAAUUGGGAAUGCGUAUCCAAGACAGCUAUUGAUGCUAAAUUGCAAAGCUAGCCCAAUUUGGGAUGUUUUUAGCAAGCCGAUCCAGUAAAGCAGGACGUGAUACGAACACAAGAACCACUACUGGUCUUAAAAAUGGUUUUUAACGUGGUAUGUAAAGAAAGCUAUUGGUUUUGAAUGUAAACAGAAGUUUAAAAUGCCAAACAAUGUGAAAGACAAAUGUGAAGACAUACUGAUUAACAAAUCAACAGUUUUAAACACCCUUUUUUUUUUUUCCAUUUUUCUCUUUUGCCAUAUUGUAAACAGGUGCCUUUGAUACAGUAGUAUAAAUGCUAAGCUAGCUACAUUUAUUUUAGAGUUGUUUUAUAUAUAUAUAUAUAUAUAUAUAUAUAUAUAUAUAUGACCAACUGGUUUUGUUUAUAGUUUUCUUACGCUCCAAAAUGAUACAAAAAAGGUUGAUACCAUUCAGAGGCAGAUCAUUCGCAUUUUUAGUGUUUAUUUUUCUCCUAGCCCAAGCUAAGCUAACAAUACCCCACCCAAAGUGUGAUACUGAUCUUCUCGUCUUGUUCUCGGAACGAAAGAAAAUGAGGCCAAAAUUUCAUCGUGUCCUUUUUCUGUACAUUUUUUGAAAAUGUUUUCUUUUUCUUAAAAAUGAGACAAAAUGGUUGAUACCAUUCAGUGAGAUCAUUAGCGAUUUUAGCUUCCCCACCCUAAAAAAAACAUAAAAUGUCACAAGUGUCCUUAUAGCGUUAUAUAGUUUAUUUUAUUUUCUCCUCUAAAACGGGGCAAAAGGGUUGAUACCACUCGAAGUCGGAUCAUUAGCAUUAUUAGCAUUCGCCCGUCAAAAAACUGGCUGUUUUUCCUAUACUAAGCUAACUUUCCCCACUUGACACUUUGUAGGGCGGUACCAAUCUUCUAUACUUGCUCUGGGGGGUGGGGGGAAGAAAAGGAGAUUAAAAUGUUCCUUUUUUUUGAAAAAAAUCUACAUUUUGUAAUGUAAAUAUUGUAAAUAUUUUUUUGAAAAGUUGAAUGUGACGCUCAUUUGUUAGCAAUGUAGCAUUUCACAUCCGUUACAGGACAACCUCCUUUGUCGUAAGCGGACCAAAUUGCGGGUAAAAAUUCCGUUACUACAGUUCGCAGGUGCGAUCUGGUCCACAUUUGCAUGGCCAGCUCCGAUGCUAAACUAAGCUAAGGCUAAGAAAAUACCGCUUACAUUGUUAAUCCAGCCAAUCGCUGCCUAGUUUAACCGGUGAUUCGAUAAAAUUGUAACGGUUUUUAGAUGUUUUUUUUGCCAAACAAAAAAAAAAGCAAAAAAUGUCAGCAUUUUAUUUUUUAACCAAAUUUAGUUUUAACUAUGCUUUUAAUUGUACCAGUACAAUUAGCACAUUUGUUGCACCUUUUUCCUUACAAAUAUGAAUCUGAACAUGAUUGAAUUUUACUAGGUUUUAAGAAAUCAGCGCCCACCUCACAGUUUUAUGAAUGUUUGCACCAAAUUGUUAUAUAUAUAUAUUUUAACUUUUCAAAUGUAAACAUGUAUAAAGAGGGAAAAGAGUGUAAGUACAUAUAUAUUUGUGUAUAAAAUUAUAUUUUGGAAAAUAUUUAGCCAGAGGAAUUUUGUGGUGGUAUGUUGAAGUACUGUGAAUUGCCAAUCAUCACUUUUUACAAGGGAUUUAUUUGUUGUUGGGUUUUUUUUUUACAUUCUAAUCUUCAUUCAGUGUAACCAGGAUGUAAAUUGUAUAAAACAGUUUAAUCUUUUUUCGGUUUUCUAUAUUCCAUGUACAAAACUCUUACGAAGACAAAAAUAAAUGUACCAAAAUUCA